AACUUUCUGCUUUACACAGAUUUCAGCCGGCACCUGCGCACUUCUGGAGGAAAACAGCCACCUGACCCCUCCUCCCGCGGAAACCUCGCUGGCUUCUAAUUGGCUGAGUGAGCAGCGGAGACUCAGUUUGAGGCUCUCGUGCAGUCUUGUCUCUUAACCGCUUUUAAUGCUGCAGGAAGUUUUUAAAAGCAGCCAGUGAUGCUUUUUUAGAUUGGGCUAACAAUUUUAUAUUACUGAAGCAACAAGAAACAGCACAAUGUCUGAGUUUCAUUUAUUUAAAGGUUUUAUCCUGUUUUAUAUUCUCUUGUCAUUUGGUACCAUCCUGGUAUCUGCACAAGUCUCGACUACGUUAUCCUCUUUGCCAACAGCAACAAGUAUCCGAGGGACAGAUGUUACAGGUACAAGUAUGGCCACUACUGCAAAAGUAAAUUCCACAUUAAUGAUGGAUAACUAUACAUCAAGCAAUACCACAAGUGCUAUACCACCCACACCUGAAACAACGACAAUCCCUCCAGGGCUGAUAGCAUGCCGGACAUUUAACUGCACGGGAUAUAACUGCUUUGUUAACUUUACUACUCUUGCCGGUACUCUGUGCCCCACUAACAACUCAUACUGUGAGUUUAUUCGGCAGAACAAUGCUAGCUACACAGCAGGCUGUAGCAAGACUUGUGCUGGGACAACCAACAUCUGCAGGAACUCUUCACAGAAUGCUUGUACUAUGGAGUGUUGUGCCACAACCCGCUGUCUAUUUCUGAAUGGAACCACCCAGGAGUCACCUGCUUUGACAACAGUAGCCACUCAAACCACAACUACCAUUAAGCCAACCACCAUUGCAACAAAUGGAAAGAUGUGUCACUUAUUCACAUGUACUGGAGAAACAUGCUACAAAGGACAAACGAGUUCUCAAUCUUGCGCAGUUGGGUAUAACUACUGUGAAUUGAAAAAGAAAGGUACUGGCACCAACACUAUCUGGAGCGCUGCUUGCAGUAAUUCAUGUCAAAGUACAACAACUGGCUGCACAUCUUCAUCAACUGAUUGCCUCCAAGAAUGUUGUACCUCAGUUACAACAACCUCUUGUCUCAAACUGGAUGGAACCGUAAAUAUUAAGAGUGGUGUGGAUUCCAUUAAUAUGAUGUCACUACUUAAGAUUUUAUCAUUUGCAAUUGUGAUUUUGGUUUUCAAUAAUUACUCACUAUUCAUUUAAACAUUUUCCAAUGUUAUUUAAACAAUGUCUCAAUAUUAUAAAAGAUGCACACCAAACACACCUAAUAGAAAAGUGUAGUAUAUUUUUAUAUUAUUUUAAAAAAGGUGUCUGCUUAAUUUUCUUGAUUUAAAUGUUCUAAAAAUCUGUAAUAUAAAGUAUACACUGUAAAUAUGGGCUAGACUGACUUACAUAUAUUUUCUAAACACAGGGCUGUAUUUUAAUUUUAAUUAACUCUUGUAUAUUGUAAAAAUACAUAGAGGACUUGAGUUUGCAUGAUCAGGGUGUUUACAAAGGAACUUUCAAGUCAACUACAGACAGAUUAACUGGAAGAUA